AUGUCGACUUUGAGUAGAUCACGUGCGAGCCUCUCGCCCGCUCUAUCGGAGCGGUCAACUCUGCCUAUGGGUGCAUCAGCAGAAGCAGAAAGCCCAGAAUUAGAAGAACCAUUAGAGCCGACACGAGAGGAGUUAAUUGCACAUUUCUUAGAGCGCUUUAAAUUUUACACAUCUCUUUGCCUUGGCACCUCAGCUAUUCUAGCUGUAUUUGCAUUUCUUUUUUUAAUACCCUUUGUGGUUGAACCAGCCGUUCAAACAAUAUUAGCAGAAUUUGCACCAGAGGCAGGCAUAUGUGCCGUAUCGGAACAUAAAUAUGCAGAGACAUUAACAAAUUGUACUUGGGCGUCAUGCAGAGAAGGUUGUACAACAACACCAACAAAGUGCCAUAAAAUUCGAGUAAAUCUAGCAAGAAGACCAUUUCUCGGAAAUGAAACAUUACCAAUUGAAUGGGAUGAGACGGACCUAAAAUUCCUGAUAAACCCUGAAGGUUGUGGUUAUCCGCCGAAAGUCAACUGCUCAGUAUUUGCAAUUGACUAUGCUGGGGCGAGAGCGCCAAAGUUAUUUCCUUGUUUCUACAGUAUGACGAGACCAGAUUUAGUAGUUGCGAGAUAUUCUUGGGAUUCAACAAUUCGUGGGUUAAUUUUGGCUUUGGUUCUACCAACAACAGUAUUCGUGUUCAGCCUUAGUGUUCUCGCGUAUUGGCAUUGUCAUUGCUGUGAUAGAGCCUGCAACAGGAGAAUCCACGCUGAAUCAUACACAAGCAAAGAAGACAGUAAGCUGUUAUGUGAAUUGGACGACGAUCCGAGUGACGAUGUGUUCUGACGCCAGGCCACCUACCCACGACGUCGUAUUUCAAGAAACAACGGAUAUACGCAACUAUAAAAAAUUUGACGUAAAACUCAAUGACAUUCUGUACACAUAUAACGACAUAUCAUUCGCAGCGUUGAUAGAAGAUGGACACUUGAUUCGCUGUCAGCGUAUGUAAAUGAGAUAGCAAUAGUCUGUGACGUGUGCUAUGUUUUCGUUCUGAACGAUUUGUACAACGUGAUAGACAACAACGUCAAAUAUUCUAAUAAUAACUGAAUUCACACCAAAUCACUCAAUUAGGUAUUAACAAUUAGAAUUUAAAUUAAACAGUUUUGCACCACGGCAGCCAUUGUUUGUUAGGCGCCGAUGAACUGGGUCCAAACUAAAAAUCGAAUAAGCGAAAGGGAUAGUAGAUAUUGUAGUGUAUCUCACUUACUCUUAUUACCAAUCUAAUUUAUGUGUCUCUGUCACAUUCAUCUUCUAUCUACGCUAUCACCGCUCCCAUAUUUAUGUUCUCAUAAAUAAGAUAAUCUCUUCUUCAACUUUGAUUGCCUGGUACCAAUUUUUAUUUAUCAAGACGCGUUCGCGGUCUGAUUUAUGUACAUAUACAUAUAAUCUGCACACAUAACUGCGUCUCGUAACGGUGUCGCGAGUACUCUAUACGCUACGAUUCGCCGUCUGAAAGAUGAACGGCAAAAGUGUGCUCAUAGACAAUGUAAGCACACUUCUCAUCGUGUGUCCGAACCGUAUUUUCAAUUCAAUUUAUGUACGUAACUGAGUAAAUGUUUUACAUUGCUGCUUAUUGACAAAGAAUAUUUUAAACAACUAAAGUAAAUGCGGCAAUGUAUAGAUAUAGCAGUCAAAGCUUAUUAUAGUGUAAAGCGUGACAUGUGCCAUAUGUCGGCUAUGUUUUUUUAAUGACGUGUUGUGUCUAUAUGUAUUGAAUGUCAUUGCGUAACAAUUUUUAGCUCAAUGACCAAUAGUCAUUUGUGUUUACAUAGAGAGCACUCGCUUAGUUUCCGAAUCUCUUUGUCAGCCAUUUUAUGAUAGAUGCAUGUAUAUCUAUGAAUUUAAUAAAGAUCAUUUAUACGUCUAUAUUGACUGUAACAGCCGCUGUGAAAACACAUUUAAAUAAAACACUAUUAAUGUUUACAAUGCGAGUAAAUGUUACUGUGUUCUUACAUUAAUUUUUGCAUAAAAGUCACAUUUUUAUUAUUAGUUUAGCUUACCCGGGAUCUUCAAAGUUAAAUUCAAAUUCCUUAUUUGCCAGAAACAUUCACAAGUAAAGUUGUUACAAAUUUAAGAGUAGACCUUCGAGACUCAAAGGCCCCCUGUACCCAUGAAAAGUUCACGAAACAUCUUACAAUCUAUAAACACACUUACAAAUUACACGCGUUGUAAUCCCUUAAUAAAUUGAUUUAUUCGAAGCUGUUAAAACUAUGAAAGUUUUGAGCCAUGCACUAACACAAUUUGAUAUACGAAUCGCGUGUGUAAGACGUAGAUUGUCACACACACUAAAGUAAUGAACAUGGCUUGUUUUCAUCGGUUGUCUAUCAUCUAGACGUAUAAAUUAUGCAAGGAAUUACCAUUCAUAAUUAAUCUAUUUUUGUAACUAACUGAAAAUGUAUAAUGAAUCAUAUCUUAUUACAUAAUUGCCGUAAUAAACGAGAAACGAAUGUAUAAGGUAUUAAACUUAGAUUAAGGAUUGGUCUCCGCUGCGCUCCAACUAUAUACCGCAGGCGUAGUCGCAAAGUGCGGCAACCCAGGUGGGCGUACUCGAUCCAGUCUCGAACAAUGUGUGACAUUGACCUGCCACAUGUACUGUUAAACUUAGCUAAUAAUUGAAACUAAAAUGCCGGGUUGCGUAUUAAACUUUGUAAAAAUAAUACUACAUGAAAAUAUAAAAUGGAAGAAAGACAUUGGGAUCACAUAGCCAAUACACACUACAAUAUAAAGUUGCCGUUACAAAAAUACUAUUAUUCUUAGAUAGUGCGGUACCUAGUUAGAGCGCAGCGGAGACCAAUCCUUAAUCUAAGGUAUCAAAGAUGUUUUUUGGUUUCUUGUAACAAACUCAUAAAUGUCAAAAAAUUGUAUUAGCUAAGCUUUGGUAACAAGUAAAGAUUAAACAUGUUUGAAUAUGUGUGAAAUAAAAGCAUCAAAAAAAAUUCACGCCAAAAUUGAAAAGAAAUGGUCAAAUUCAAACGUAUUAGCUUAAGUUAUAUAUCGGUAUAUUACUUCCGAAUAGUAUGCAAGGCUGCUAAGUUUUUGAUGGAAAUAUUGUUUUCACAUAAAAUUCUAAUGACAGUUAUCACCAAAGCGAUGUUAAAAGGUAUGUGAAAUAAAAUUAUUUAAAAAGGUUUACGCACCUAUUCACACAUUUCAGAUUUAUACAAAUAUAUGUUCAGAACACAGCUUACGUAAAAAUAAUUAUUUGUUUUUGAAGUUUGCAGUGAUAAUGUAAAAGACUCGCCUUAAAGUCAAAUAUAACUAAUAAAGUAUGGUCCUAUCUCAGAGUUGGUUAAGUAUAAUUAUAUGUCUUUGUGAUAAUAUCUUCAAAAGAUGCAUAGUUUAUGUCUUUUUCCUCAAGAGUUAUUAUAGAAUUGACUAAAUAAAAUACAUCUCAAGAUAAAAAAACAUAAAUUGGAUAUUUAAAACUUUCGAUUCAAGGUCUUUUAAAUACAUUGCGCGUUUUCUUUGAUAAGUUGUUUACAGCAAUGUAUGUCUUAAUAUGGAUGUUAAUAUUAAAUUUUAUCUAUAGCUAAAAUCAAAUCUAUAUUAUAAUUGUGAUUAUAUAUUUAAUCUUAUCAGAUCAAAUUAUUGUUUGUCUGCCUGGUUCAGCGUUGAAGCUUUGGGGCUUGAAAAAUAUCUGAAAUCUCUGAUUGAAUAUCUUUAACGUUUAGCUAUAGUAAAUAUUUGUGAUUUUAUGAUGACGCUGUUUUCCAGCUUGGGUAUCAAUUCGUCUCUUUCUAACUUCGAUCUAGGCCGGAUAGUAUAAGUCUUAUAUAUAUUCAAUUUAGCUAUUUUGUUAUCUAAUUAUAAUCUAGAUAAGGUAGUGUCACAGUUUUGUAAGUUCUCACUAUUUUGAUUAAAUUGUAAAUAUGUUGUAGGCUUUCAUGUUUGAUGAGCUAAAAGAAACAAGUUCUUCUACGGUUCAGUCUCGCUAUGAUAUUUUAUAGACUAGACCAUGAUUUACUUGACUUAAGUUCCUGUAUCCCCUAGCUGGGGCAGAGGACAUCCACAGUGCAUCUCCAUCGCGAUCGGUCGUGAGCAUCUAUCUCUCUUGAUUUCACUCCAGGUCUUUCCGAUGUUUUUCGCUUCGUCAAUGACAGUCCGCCACCAGGUUUGCUUUGGACCGCCACGUUUGCGUUUUCCUUCAGGGAUCCAAUCUAGGGCUUGCCUCAGUAUAUGGUUGGGAUCACUCCGGAGUGUGUGGUAUAUCCAGCUCCAUUUGCGGCGUUUUAUCUGUUGGACUUCAUGACAGCGUUGCCAAAGACGAUCGUUGGAAAUUUUGUCGGGCCUUAUAAUCCUGUCCAAUUUUAUUCGUAAUAAACCAUACCAAUAAAACUUAGCAAACUUGAGAGUGUUUAUCAGUGAUUACAUGCGUGUUACCCGGAUUGACCUUCCUUACUGCUACUGUUUUUCGAUAUAUAGGUUUGAGAUAACCUUUUACCCCUUCGUCACGUCAACAAAACAAACUAUCUUUUGUUGACCAUGACAUACUUACACUUGUUGACGAGUGAGUAAUCUAAUGUCAUAUACUACGCAACAAAUAAUUUCAAAUCUAUCUCUACUUAUUUAGAGUUCUCAUUCGAUCGUGCGAGCCUAUAUUUCCGUGUUUUUGUUGCCGGAGUAAUUAUGACAUUAAAAUACAAUGAGAUUCAGACCUAUAUAUAACAUAUAAUGUUCAGAUAUUAUGAUUUACGCUCACGGGGCUCGUGCACUUCGAAUAUAUAAUAUAUAAUUAUUUAUCGAAUGUUCGCAAGAGUAAUAACGACAUGAUUUGUGAACAACUUGUUUAUUCUUCCUUAUUAAGAUACUGUUUGAUAUCAUUUGAGAAUAAUCCUUACUGGAACCAUAUGUUUACUAGGCGUUAAAUAAGUAUUUAAUACUUACAGCAGUAAGCUGCGAUGGGUCAUGAAUUAUUUUCAGAAUGAUUCUGGUGUUUGCUUAUUCUGUAUUCCUGCCACGUAAAAAUGAUUUACAUAUUCUGCAAGAACCCAUUAUCCAAUCUGGGGAACUAUUAAUUUUUUAAUAUGAAGUUUCAUAAGUUAAAGUGGUAUAUUUAAUAACAGCCAAAAAAUAUUUUUUUGUGUUUUUAAUACAAAUAUAAUAUUCAAUAAAGAUAAUAUUAAGUCUAAUGCAUAUUCUACGGCUUAAAAUGGUAAUAUUGUUUUCAAAGCAUUCAAUAAACAACGAAGAACAAAGUAAACUUAUUAUUAAUUUGUACUUUAUUCCGAAAUAUUAAAAAUUUUCAAAUGGGUUUAUUUGCUUACUUUUCAUUAAAAGUUAACAUAGGUAAGAUUAUUCCAUUUCAUUUAAGUUGCGGUAUCCCCUAGCAGGGGCAGAGGGAAUCCACAGUGCAUCUGAAUCGCGAUUGGUCCUGAGCGUCUCUCUUAUUUUCACUCCAGUUCUUUCCGAUGUCUUUCGUUUCGUCAAUGACAGUCCACCUCCAUGUUUGUUUUUAACGGCCACGUUUGCGUUUUCCUUGAUGGGUCCAGUCUAAGGCUUGCCUCGGUAUAUGGUUGGGAUCCCUCGCAGUGUGUGGCCUAUCCACCAGGAGGGAGGAAGUUAUGGAGUGGUGUUGGGAAUCGCUGAUUGUGAAUGGUUAAAAUAAUAUAAGCCAUUUUACUUUUCUACUAAGUCCGUGUGAAUCUUUCGUAUGUAUUAAGUUUGUCUGUAUCAGACAGAAUCAUUAUAACAAUGAUGCCACUUACAUACAUACUUUAUACUUGCUUACUUAAAAAAAAUAUCAUUGUAGAAAAAGUGGAUAUGCUUAGGCUUCUCGAAUAUAUGCAGUUUAUAAAUAUCAAAGAAUAAUAUAUUAUGUUACAAAGUAAUAAAUUGAUUUUAAUAACAAUUAUCUUUAUAUAAUACUAUAAAUUAUUCCCAAAAGUAUAUUCCGCUUUAUCUAAAGUAAAUAUGUGAUAUUAACAUAAUAUUUUUUUUUGAAUGGAAUAAAUUAAUUAUUUUUGUGUCUAUUAAAAUCUAAUCAUUAUUUUUAUACAAUAGAAAUUAUUUUAGCUCCUGUCAGUCCUUCUAUAUCAGUAGACGGUGGGUAACAUACUCGCCGGGUAUAAAACGCUCUGGGUGUUGUAUAAAUCCUACCUAAAUUCGCAGACGGAACUAUUAGUAUAAUGUGCAACUCAAGCGAAUGACCGCACUCGCUUCGCGAUCAAUCGACAGCGUCGCACGAGUUGCACAUACUAUUUUGUAACUUAAGGCCGCUAUUCCAAUUAAACGUCAAAUUUGCGCGCUGUUGAAACCACUUUUUGACAGAAUAUAUAAAGUUUAUACAUAUAUACGCUUUUCUUCGUGGUAUUUUAAAUAUUAAACCACCCUAACGCUAUACUUACAAUAGUAUAUUGUGCAACGAGCGCUACAAGUUGUCGAUUGCCCACGAAAGCGAACAUGAACGCACGAACGUAAUCGACAACGUCGGACGUGUUGUACACACUAUUUUGUAUUACAAAUGCGACGUUUGCGAAUUCAUGUAUUAUUUUCGACUACACAUUCGUUUUUAAGCAUUUGAAACUUAAAUUAUAAUAUUAAAUGAAAUUCGCAGACGCGUCAACCUCAAUUUAGUUUUGAUAUUUGGAAUAUUGCGUGUGCCAAGUAUAAUUUGCGUUCGACAAGUAAACUUUCCCUAUUAUCGUGCGCAAAGUUCGAUUUUGCGCAUGCAUUUGCGUUCGCAAAGUAGCACUUUCCCAUACGUUGACACGAGCGUGCGGGAACGUAGCUGAGCGUGCGGGAAUGUGGUGAGUGUGGGGGAAUGUUUAAAAGUAAUUAUAGUGGUCGAACUUUGCGCAACUUAAUAGGAAAUAUAGUAUACGAUAAUGUACUAUUUCGCACUCGGCUCUCUUUCAACCGCCACAGCGAGCGCCAAGAUACUACUUUUCCCGAAUGAGUAAUACAAAAUUAACGAGUUAACCCUGUGUCAAGUCGUCUGUCUGUACGGUAGUGAUGAUGUGGAGGUAGCUUAUUAAAACUAUCACUAAACUUACAAUAUUAAUUUAGUUAAAUAGGAAUAAAUGUUGCUUACAUACAUACAAUAUCUGGAUACAUACGUUUGAAAUAAACGUUUAUUACUUAUUAUAAUCAGCAGCAGUGGUUCUAAAUAAUAUUAAUAACGGAGAAAAUUCUAUCUAAGUCUUAAUUUUAUAAUGUUAACAAUGUAUUAAAUGGAAAAUAUUAAAUUGUAUAUGUUUGUAUCGAUAUCUCAGUUCCAAGGGGCAGGAGCAGUUUAAUAACUGCAAAGUAUAGCCUGUAAGUGGAGAUGAAACAAGAUUUACGAUCGAUGCGUCACUCAAACGGUUGGCUCAGAUGGUGGAGCGCUCGGGCGGACCCCGAGAGGUGCGGGUGCGAGUCCCGCAUCGUUCAUAAAUUUUGGCUACAAAUCUUAUUUGUAUUUCUACUAUACAUUGGAAUAACUAAAAAGUUCUUACAUAUUUAUAAAUCGGAGGUCUUAUAAAUAUAUAGGAAAAUACAGUUAUAUUAACAACAGUUAUUUUCAAACUACCCUAUAAUUAAGAACUGUAUUAAAUAUAAAAAUACAUAAAUUUCUCCUUUUAAAUGUAAUUAUAAUACUAUUUAAUUGCACAUAUUAUUGUAAUUAUAGUGCACUGUAUUAUUCCAGCUAUAUUAUAUUGUGUUCUAUAAAUUUUUAAAUGUA